CAUCGAGCGUCCUCCGAUGUUCCCAUUGCAUGCAUCUCCAGAGUGAUGGAGAUGGAUUUUGACAGGUCGAUAGUCUUUGCAAUGAGAUGUUGAAUUCUCUUUAAGUGUGACGUUGAACGAUCCGUCUCCAGCUCCAAUAUUACCACCAUGAAUCCAAUCCACCAUCCAUCUGCUCAAUCAUGUCCUCCUCUUCCUUUAUCUUCCCUUUCUUUCUCGUCUCCCUCCUCCUCCGCUGUUCUCUUUCCUCCACCACCACCGCCGAUCCCUUCUGCAACAACGGCUACUGCACGACCAACGACACCCAAGAAUCCAGCCGGAAGUACUUGCUCUCUGCCUCCCAUGCGUCCGCUGCCAGUAGCUACUUCGGAGACACGAUAGUUCCAGGUGAAUAUUUUUACGACGGGCAGAACCUGAUCUCCGCAAAUGGAAAAUUCGAGCUUGGUUUCUUCAACCCUGGGGAUGCAAGUAACGCUUAUGUUGGGAUUUGGUACCAUAACAUCACAGAUAAGACAGCAUUAUGGGUCCUUAACAACCUUGCACCAGUCACCGUUUCUCCUGGAUAUCUUCACCUCACUGAUGAUGGAAAUUUAGAGCUAUGCAAUGCUUCUGACAUGGUUAUAUGGUUUACGGGCACGCCCUAUGGAAAUAAUACCAUCGUGAGGCUUGCGGACUCGGGAAACUUUUUCCUGGAAGAUCGUGAUUCGAACACUACAGAGUUGCAAAGCUUUGACUACUUGACUGAUACGUUGAUACCAGGCAUGAAGCUUGGAUUGGAUAAGGUAACCAACCAUGCAACAAAGCUCAUAUCAUGGCUGAAUGCUACAGACCCCUAUCCGGGUGCCUACUCCUGCACCAUGGAAACUCGAGGCACACUACCGGAGAUCAUUAUAACAAAGGGUCAAUCCUUGAGAAUUUUCCGGAGUGGCCCAUGGAAUGGACAUGUGUUUAGUGGCAUUCCACGGAUGGGAAAUAUUAGCCAGCUGAAGUUUGCAUUUUUAUCAAACGAGCAAGAGGUCUACUUCUCAUUUGAUACCAUAAACAACUCUGGUCUGUUUCGGGCUGUGAUGGAUUUCAGAGGAGUGUUUCAGCUGUUAGAAUGGUCGGCCACAAGCAGUGGAUGGACCUCCCUGUGGGCCGUGCCACAAGAUCAGUGUGACUUUUAUGCUUUCUGUGGAGCUAAUGCUAUUUGCACCGAAACCUCAUCAGUUCUCUGCCAAUGUCUGCAAGGAUUUGUUCCAAAGUCUCCUGCGAAUUGGUACCAGAAUCAUUUUUCUGAUGGAUGCGUGAGACAAGAGGCUUUGAGUUGUUCGUCCGAUGGGUUCUUACAUUUGCGAUCAGUGAAGCUACCUGAUACUGUGAAUGCUACUACAGACAGCAACAUGACCCUCAACGAGUGUAGUGAUUGGUGCUUGAAGAAUUGUUCUUGCAUGGCAUAUGCUGUCACUGCAUGGAGUGGUUGUUUGACUUGGCGUGGUGAUCUGAUGGACCUUAGGAAGUUUAAUCAAGGAGGGGAUCAGCUUUAUGUUCGGCUUUUGGCUUCCAACAUAGAUUCUGCAAUGGACAAUCAUGUUAAGAAGACUGUGUUGGUCAUAACCAUCCCAACAAUGCUGAGCUUUCUUUUGCUGGCAAGUAUAUGUGUAGUUUUGUGGCGGAGUAGAGUAAGAAAACAAGACACCAUUAUGAUCAAGUCAAAGCAGCCACAGACUACAAAAGGACUUGAUUACUGGACUGGCAUUCCUGCAAAACAUGCAGAUCAGAGAGCUGGUCCAAUGAAUAUGAUGGGGGUAUUGUCUUCAUUUGAUUUGUCUACCAUAAAGGCUGCAACUAAUAACUUCUCAGUUGGUAACAAACUCGGAGAAGGUGGAUUUGGCAUUGUUUACAAGGGCGGGUUGCGAGAUGGAAAAUACAUCGCUGUCAAAAUGUUGUCAAAGUGCUCGUCACAAGGUCCUGAUGAGUUCCGAAAUGAGCUUUUACUAAUUGCUAACUUGCAGCAUAGGAAUCUUGUUCGCCUACUUGGUUGUUGCAUCGAAGGAGAUGAGCGCAUUCUGAUCUUGGAGUACAUGGAAAACAAGAGUUUGGAUGCCUUCAUAUAUGAUAAAACAAAGAGUGUACUGCUGGACUGGAAAAAGCGUCUUCACAUUAUUAUUGGGAUUGCUCGAGGACUUCUAUACCUGCAUCAUGACUCUUACUUGAGGGUUGUUCAUCGAGAUCUUAAACCAAGCAACAUCCUUCUUGACAAGGACAUGAAUCCAAAAAUAUCUGACUUCGGGAUAGCAAGAAUUUUUGAAGGAGAUGACAUUGAAGAGAAUAAUACUACAAGACCAGUCGGAACACUUGGAUACAUGGCGCCCGAGUACAUAACGGAAGGAGUCUUUUCUUUCAAAUCUGAUGUUUUCAGCUUUGGUGUAAUAGUGUUAGAAAUCCUAAGUGGUAAGCGAAAUAGAGUGCUUAAUGUGGCAGAUUCGCGGCUAAACCUUCUAGGACAUGCAUUCAAGUUAUGGAAGGAAGACAGGACUCUAGAGAUACUCGAUGAAGCGCUCGAUUCUUGGACGCCUACAUUGGAGAUUUUGGAAUGCAUCCGAGUAGGUCUUUUGUGCGUGCAAGAAAACAGCGAAGACAGACCGACAAUGGCAGAGGUUGUGAUGAUGCUAACUAAUGAAGAUCCGCAACUAACUUCACCAAAAGAGCCGAUCACUUUAGUGGCAAGUUCUGAAGAAGAACGAUCUUCCAUUAUUCAAAUGAGUGUCAUGGAUGAAAUUUGUUCUGAUAUGUAAUCUUCUUUCUUGUCUUGUGGAAUCUGUCUACAUCGAUCUAUGCAAGUUUGUUUUGCUGCA